AUGAGUGUUAGUACAUUCGAAAUUGUACCGGACGAUAUUCUUUGUGAAAUUUGUGUUUAUUUGUCUCCAGUUGAUAUUCUUCCAUCAUUAUUUUCAUUGACCAAACGUUUAUCAAGAAUUUUAUCACAUGAAUAUUUAUGGCACAUUCAUAUCGGUAAUACAACAAUGUCAUUAUUGAUGUUUAAUGAACAAUGCCAAAAUAUUUUGAAAUUAAUCGGAGGUCCCAUUGUCUCAUUAGGUCUAACAUUAACCAAUGUUAUUGGUGGGUGGUCACUCGUUUCAUCUUAG